GAGCCGCGCAGCGCCAGCGCGGCCGAGCGCGGGGAGCGGCCCCGCAACCCCGGGAGCCCCAAACCCCGGAACCCCCGGGAGCCCCAAACGCCGGGAGCCCGGCCCAGCCUGGCUGGGAGCUCUGCUUCCUCGCUGGCACCUGGGAGCAGAGAGUGGCUGAAGUCCCUGCUGUGCCAGGUUGGUGACAGCCAGCAGGGCACUGGUGUCCCCAGGCUCCGGUGUGGCCGGCGAUGACCGACGCGGUGCUGGGCGGCUCCUCUGACCGGUGGAUGUGCCCCAGUGACAGGACCAUGUCCCUCCGAGCCAGCAGCGAGAAGGAGCAGCUCCCGGCGGGAUGGGCGGCGCAGCCCGAGCGGCAGCGCAAGGGCGAGGAGCUGACGGACGAGGAGAAGGAAAUCAUCAACCGGGUGAUCGCCCGCGCCGAGAAGAUGGAGGAGAUGGAGCAGGAGCGCAUCGGGCGCCUGAUGACCCGGCUGGAGGACAUGCGCCGCAGCGUGCUGGGCGACGGCGUCAACCGCUGCAUCCUCUGCGGGGAGCAGCUGGGGACAAGGGGCUCUGCCUGCGUCGUCUGCGAGGACUGCAAGAAGAACGUGUGCACCAAGUGUGGGGUGCAGACCACCAACAACCGGCCCCAGGCCAUCUGGCUCUGCAAGAUCUGCAGCGAGCAGCGGGAGGUGUGGAAACGCUCCGGUGCCUGGUUCUUCAAGGGUUUGCCCAAGCAGAUGCUGCCACAGCCGAUGCCCAUCAGCAAGAAGGGACCCCAGACCCCGAGCGAGCCCCGCCCGGCCGAGCCGCCCGCCCCCGACCCCAAACUGCCCUCCCGGGCACCCACCCGAGGCCAGGCGGAUGCUGAGGACACCGAGGGCACCGAGGGCACAGCGGCCGCCCGGGGGAGCCGCAAAGCGGCCGAGGGCCGGCCGGGUCCGUGUGGCAGUGAGGACACCGCUGGGGACAGCGACAGCCGGGACUAUGAGAGCGGGGUCAGCAGGAGCCCCGGUGUGAAGCGAACCAACUCCGUGCAAGGCCAGCGGCCACCCCCGCCGGCCACCGCUGCAUCCGCCGCUGGCUCUGUCCCGGCAGCGGCACCACCCGCAGCAGCAGCAGCAGCAGCAAGACCAGGUCCCGGGGGUCCCGCCCGCUUCCCAGACAGACAAGCGAGCCCCCCGGAGCCGGCCCGUGGAGCUGCCAGGGAGGAGCGGGGAGGGGGCUUGGCUGCGCCCCCCGGCAGGGAGGACAGGCCGGGCUGGCAGCCCCCUGCAGCCAGCCAGCCCCCGCCCGCAGCCGCCGCCCCGCAGAGGCAGCAGCAGCAGCCGCGAGAGGAGGAGGAGGAGGAUGCCAACAGCUACGACUCGGAUGAAGGCACCACGCUGGGAGCUCUGGAGUUCAGCCUGCUCUACGACCAGGACAACAGCUCCCUGCACUGCACCCUCAUCAAGGCCAAGGGCUUAAAACCAAUGGAUUCCAAUGGCCUGGCUGAUCCCUACGUGAAGCUGCACCUCCUGCCCGGGGCCAGCAAGUCGAACAAGCUGAGGACGAAGACGCUGCGCAACACUCGGAACCCGGUGUGGAACGAGACCCUGGUGUACCACGGCAUCACCGACGAGGACAUGCAGAGGAAAACCCUCAGGAUCUCAGUGUGUGAUGAGGACAAAUUUGGCCACAACGAGUUUAUUGGAGAAACCAGAGUUGCCUUGAAAAAACUCAAAGCCAACCAGAAAAAGAACUUCAACAUCUGCCUGGAGAGAGUAAUACCAACGAAGCGGGCUGGAACAACCGGCGCAUCCCGUGGGAUGGCUCUGUACGAGGAGGAGGUUGAUCGCGGAGGGGACGUGGAGGAGCGCGGGAAGAUCCUGGUGUCCCUGAUGUACAGCACCCAGCAGGGCGGGCUCAUCGUGGGCAUCGUGCGCUGCGUGCACCUGGCGGCCAUGGACGCCAACGGAUACUCGGAUCCCUUCGUCAAGCUUUGGCUGAAACCUGACAUGGGGAAAAAGGCCAAGCACAAGACACAGAUUAAGAAGAAAACGUUGAAUCCUGAAUUUAACGAGGAGUUCUUCUAUGACAUCAAACACAGCGACCUGGCCAAGAAAUCCCUGGACAUUUCCGUCUGGGAUUACGACAUCGGGAAAUCCAACGACUACAUUGGCGGUUGCCAGCUGGGAAUCACGGCCAAGGGCGAGCGCUUGAAACACUGGUACGAGUGUUUGAAGAACAAGGACAAGAAGAUCGAGCGCUGGCACACCCUGCAGAACGAGAACCACGUGGCCAGUGAUUAAAGGGAGCCUCUGCCCAGCCCUCCCUGCCCUCUGCCACGCCCCUGUAGGUCCCUGAUGUCCCUGGUGUCCCUGGUGUCCCGUCUUCCAGCGCAGCCACGCCUUGCUACAGCCUCUGAUCCCAGGGUCCUCCUCCUCCAAGCCCCCUCCACCCUCCCCUCUGCUAGAAACUCCCCAGAUCUUUUCUAUUGUCCUUUAUUUAUUUUCAGCUGGGGGAGGGAGGCUGUUGAGUUCCCCUGGUGUGUAAUUUUGGCAAGCAAUAGUUCUCCCCCCGACUGUUCCCCCCUCUCUCUCUCUCUCCGUUCCCGUCGCGUUUCUGACGCUCUGUGUCCCUCCAGCCUCCGCUCCUCGCGUCUCCCCACGGGGGAGAUGGGAGUGCUGGGCUUGGGAGCAUUAGCCUGUCCUCGCUUGUGUGAUCUCAAUACCUCAGUUGCAAUAAGGAAAAAGCUCCUUGGCUUUGGUGUGGGUGUCACCGUUCGCCUGGUGUCCGUGUCGUCGUGGUUAGGCCAAAAAUCCGGUGUCGCCGGCGUCAUCCUGCGAGUCCUGCUUGAGCUUCACCUCUGCUCUGGCCCACCUGAGCAAUGUUGUGGCACAUCCUUUGCUGAGAAGAUCCACCACCAACACCAUAACAGCGACAAGGAGGGUUUAGGGAGCUCUGUGCUCGCAGGGGAGCAGGUUUGGGUUGGUUUUUGUCCUUUCCAGCCGCCGCGGGUGGUUCCUUCGCCCGAGGAAUUCAGGGUUCCGCUGCUCUAGGAGCCCAGCUGUGUUUUAGGGUUGUGACUACCUCCUCCUCACCUCUGAGCUGUGUAGUAGUGACUGGCCGAGCCCUGAAGGGGUCCUAAGUCCCCUCAGACCCCUCCUGCUUCAAGGAUUUACUGUUCCUCAGGAGGGAAGCUGAGGGAGCUGCUGCUUCCCCCCAGCCCCCUGAUAUGCGCAAGGAUUAUUGCUUUAAACCACCACA